AAAAAGUGCCAUUUCGUUUCGUUUCAUUUUCCCUCUUUCUGUUUUGUUGUUUUGCUUUACCCUGUUUUCAAUUUUUUUGUUCUCUGGGAGUUUGAUUUAGCAGGAAGCGUUACAAAGUGGUAGUAGAUCGCAGAAUUUUUCAGCAUUUGUUCAAAAAGAGUGGUUUUUACCAGGCAGGUUUCCAUUCUUUAACCAAGCUCGAGUGAUUUCUGUUACAUUUGCCACUUGUCUACAUAAUAGUUUUUGUAAAAAAAUUACAGAUUUUGUUUACUAUUAUUAGUAUUUUCAAAAUCUUAGUUGGAAUGAAUUGGAGCGAACGAAAAACUGAAAAAAAUCUGGAAUAGUGCUCAGACCCAGUCAAAGCGUUACUGUGCAAAUGCCUUUUGCUGCUUCCGAAAUAUGUUAAGAGGGGGGAAAUGGGAAAACUUUGCAAGUCUCGAUAUCGGUCUCACUUUUUUGUUCUUGCAAUGCCGAUGAAACAUUUUCGUGGAGUCUGCACUGUGCAGUGGAAUUGUGGAUGCGUUGGGGUUUUAAGGGUUUGUAAUUAUUGGAAUGUUUUGAGGGGUGGGUUUUUUGUUGGGUUAGGGUUUUGAUGGUUUGUAAGGAGUGCAGUCUACUGAGCAGGGGAGUUGUGGGUGAGCUAGAGUUUUGAGGGUCUGUAAUUAUUGCAAUGGCAAAUGGGAGGUCCUUUGGGACAAUGUGGGGUUUGAACAAGUGUGCCGGUGGAGAAGAGCCUGCUAGCAGCAGCAGGAGGGCAGAGAGUGUUAGACUUGGGCCUGGGGCUGGGGCUUCAGAUGAGUCUAGGGCGACAGAAAGUGGUGUUGGGUUGCCCUCGCGGGAUGCCUUGAUUGAGGGUGAAUUUUUUGAUUUUGAUGAACAGUUGUCGAGCGGUGGGAGGCAGACUUUGGAGGGACUCUGGGAUUGUGCCGGGCCGUCAAUUGGCUUGUCCGUGAAUUCAACCGAUUUGAAUUCAGCCAAUUCAAAUUCACCUAUUUUGCGUUCAGCUAAUUCAACUAAUACAAAUUUAGUUAAUUUGAAUUCAGCCUAUUCAAAUUCAGCUAAUUUGAUUUCAGACAAUUUUGGGUUGUAUAGCCAGGGAAGAGCCGAAAGCACUUUUCGUGGAAAAUUUCUCAGGGAUGAAGCAGAGCAGGAUCGAUGUUUGAAUGAAGCUUCUAUGUCUUCUGGGAUUGUUAGAUCUUUCCAGUUGGAAGUUUGUAAUUCGCAUGAGGUGAGAGCUGAAGGCAGUCUUGAAAGAAGAAUUCUCAGGGAAGAAGUGGAGCAGCAUGGAUGCUGCAAUGAUGCUUCUUCGUCUCGGGGUUUUGUUAAAUCUCUGCAAUUGGAUGUUUCUCACGGGGCCAGAGCUGAAGGCAGUUUUGAUGGAGGAAUUCUCAGGGAAGAAGUGGAGCAGGACAGAUGCCUGAAUGGUGCUUCUUCAUCUUCUGCAGUUGAUAGCUUGCGGCAUUUGGAUUUUGGUAUUACUUGUCAACAGUUUGAUCCUGCAAGACAUUCAGAUAGAUCACUUCAGGGGAUAUCUCCUUUCCAUUGUUCUCCCCCGCCCCCUGAAUUUCAGUUUUUCCCAAUUUCAGAAUGGGAAGGAGGUUCGGAUGACGAUGAAAUGCUGUACUUACCGGAUUCUAUUCAAGCAAAGGAAGAUAGUCACUUGGAGCAUUCAAAGGAGAUUGAAAGAGGAAGUUCUAUCUCUGGUCCUCAUUCUCUCUGUGAACAUAUUCCUUUUUCCUCAAUGUUUGCAAUGCCUCAUAUUAAUGAUCCGGCUAUCAUCCAACACAAGCGAGCUAAGGUGUUGGGGAACUCUUUCAGAUCAGAUUAUUUUGCUGCAACUUUUCCUUCAGAGGCUGCUGGUCCUAGUUCUUCAUCUGUUACCCAAUUGGAUUUAUCUUUGAUUUUUUCAAAUGGAGGAGGCAGCUCACUGACUAGCAAUGAUGUGCAUGGAGAACCCAUGGACUCUGUUAGUGGUGGUGACGAUGAUAAUGACCAUGAAAGAUGCCUGGACCAGAGGGAAGAUCUUGAAGUUAGAAUGGACCUUACAGAUGAUUUGCUACAUAUGGUAUUUUCUUUCCUCGACCAUUCAAAUUUGUGUAAAGCAGCUAUGGUUUGUAAGCAGUGGCGGGCGGCUAGCACCCAUGAAGACUUCUGGAAAUCUUUGAAUUUUGAGAACUGCAAAAUUACUAUAGAACAAGUUACUCAAAUGUGUCGGAGGUACUCGAAGGCUGUGGAGUUAAAUGUUAGGGGUACUCCUUUUGUGGAUGAACUUUUAUGUGAAGCAAUGUAUUCUCUUAGGAAUCUUGAAGUUCUUGUCUUAGGUCGAGGGCCUUUAAGUGAGCGUUUUUUCACUGGGUUAGUAGAUUGCCCUGUAUUACAUCAAUUGAGCAUAUCUGAAGCAUCAUUAGGAAAUAGUUCUCAAGAUAUUCAAGUUCAACAUGAAUCGUUGAGACAUCUUCAGAUGAUCAGGUGUCGUGUAAUUCGAAUUUCUAUCAGGUGUCCGCAGUUGGAAACCUUGUCCCUUAAGCGCUCAGGCAUGGCAUCUGCAAUAUUGACUUGUCCUCAACUCCGUGAGCUUGAUGUGGCUUCUUGCCACAAGCUUUCAGAUGCAGGUGUUCGUAUUGCGGCAACUUCCUGCCCACUGUUAACAUCUUUAGACAUGUCAAACUGUUCAUAUGUCAGUGAUGAAACACUUAGGGAAAUUGCAGCUGCUUGUUCAAAUCUUCAUAUUCUGGAUGCAUCAUACUGCCCAAAUAUUUCUCUUGAGGCUGUUCGAAUGCCAAUGUUGACUGAUAUGAAACUCCACAGCUGUGAGGGAAUCAAUGCUUCAUCAAUGGUUUCCUUAUCACACUGUUUUAUGCUUGAGGCACUUCAACUUGACUUUUGUUGGUUGCUAACAUCAGUCACUUUAGAUUUGCCCCGCCUUCAAACAAUAAGUCUCAUCAAUUGCCGAAAAUUUGUAGAGCUAAACUUGCGUUCUCCUGUUCUGUCAUCAAUCAAUGUCUCAAACUGUCCUAUACUUAACCGCAUUGACAUCACAUCAAGUGCACUCCAGAAACUGGUGCUUCAGAAGCAGCAGAGCUUGACAGCAAUUUCUUUACAAUGCAUUCAGUUAUGUGAAGUUGACCUUACUGAGUGUGAGUCAUUGACCAAUUCAAUUUGCAAAGUCUUCAGUGAAAAGGGAGGGUGCCCAAAGCUCAACAGUUUGAUUCUUGAUGGUUGUGAGUCUUUGACAGAAGUGCAGCUCAACAGUACGUCAUUGAAUACACUAUCUCUCGUUGGCUGCCGUGCAAUGACUAACCUUGAACUGGCAUGCCCAAAUCUACAGCAAGUUGUUUUAGAUGGGUGUGAUCAUCUUCAGGAAGCAUUGCUUCGUCCUGUUGGGCUUCACUCACUUAAUUUGGGGAUAUGUCCUCGCUUAAGCAAACUUGAAAUGGAAGCACCAUUAAUGACGGUUUUGGAGCUAAAAGGAUGUGGUGUCCUUUCUCAAGUAUCGAUAAAUUGUCCUCAGUUGCUAUCACUUGAUGCAUCAUUUUGCAGCCAACUUCAGGAUGAUUGUGUGUUUGCUACGACGUCUUUGUGUCCAAAGAUUGAGUUAUUGAUACUGAUGUCUUGCCCCUCCAUUGGAACCAAGGGCCUGUCGGCAUUGAAACUACUUUCCAAUUUGAGUCUGCUUGAUUUAUCGUAUACAUUCUUGACAAAUCUGCAACCCGUCUUUGAGACUUGUAGUCGACUGAAGGUUUUGAAGUUACAAGCCUGUAAGUAUCUCAUGAAUACAUCAUUAGAUGCUCUUCAUAGAGGCCAGGCACUUCCGGGUCUUCGUGAGUUGGAUUUAUCCUACAGUAGUCUCUGCCAGUCUGCUAUAGAGAAGCUUCUUGCAUGGUGCCCUCAUCUGACUCACGUUAGCUUAAAUGGCUGUGCAAAUAUGUAUGAUCUUGAUUGGGGUUUGGAAGCUGCCAGACUUUAUAACUGCACUAGCAUAGACAAUGCUGUCAGUGUGCAUACAGGACAAACCAGCACGGAUGAACUUGAAAGCUCCUCUGACUGGAUGGAUGAUGAAAGGAUCCAAGAUCGUUUGCUUGAGAACCUCAAUUGUGUGGGAUGCCCAAACAUUAAGAAAGUUACGAUUCCUGCAUCGGCAUGUUGUUUGCACCUUUCUUCAUUAAAUCUUUCUCUCUCAGCUAAUUUAAAGGAGGUUGCUUUGGGUUGUUGCAAUCUCAUAUCAUUGAAUUUAAGCAACUGCUUAGCUUUGGAGGUCCUGAAGCUGGAUUGCCCUCGACUAAUAAGCUUGUUUCUUCAAGGAUGUGGAAUUGAGGAAGAAGAAGUGGAAUCUGCUAUUAGGAGCAGUAAUUCACUUGAAACACUAGACAUUCGGUUUUGUCCUAAGAUUUCUUUGACAGGCAUUUCAAAGUUGCGCAUGAUAUCUCCAGGCCUGAAACGCCUUUUCAGCAGUGUGUCGGUAUAGCUAUCUCAUGGGCUAUGCUUUAAAUAACCAUUUGCUAAUUUAACUACUAUCGGUUUGGAUCAAAUUCUUAUGAAAAUUGAAUUUUCAAUGCCCAAAUUCUUUUAAUGGUGGCAUUUUUCAAAUUCAUUGGGAUUGUAGGCAGAAUUUGUUAACUGUUCUGAGUCUGCCUUUUUGGCUGGAGACUUGCAUUCGGAAAUGUUUUUAAUAGAGGUUAAUUCUUUGUUUACUUAGUGUAGUGUCUCAUAUCCUAUAUAACAGCUUAGGGCAACUGCUUUGUAAGCAUGCCCUUACUUUGUGACGUAAGAGAUAUUAUUCCAAGUUUGUUGAUUCUGGAAAAAUCAGUUUAGCAUUCCCGAUUCAUACAUAAUGUGGGCCAGUGAGUCCAACCAUGUAAAGAAAAGUUAUAGUUGCAGAUUUUGGAUGGAGAGUUAAAAAUUCCAUUUAGGAAUUUUGUUUGUGUAUCUAUGAACGUAUAGUUGCCGUUUGUAUAUGAGUAUCUGUCAUGAUAUCUUGGUCA